GAGGAGGGCUGCGAGCAGGAGCAGCUGGUCCCCUACUGGCAGGCGUGGCCUGGCAGCAACAGGUUCUUCUUCGGCGGGAGGCUCAUGACCGGCCCCGAGCCUUGUAUGUUGGCGUGCACUUCUUCCCUCCUGGUGAUACCCGUCCUGCUCUUCCUCGUCGAGAUCCUGCCGGAGGCUGAUAGGGACGCCCUGCCGUCCCCCUCGCCCGAGCGGCAGGCGCACGGUGUUCCCGCGGCGCCCGCCGCGGCGCCCGCUGCGGCGGCUGCCGCGGCGCCCAGCUGGCACAGCCCUGUGCCGACGCCCGUCAUGGGGCUGGCGGCCGCGCUGCUCAUGCUGGUGGCCUUGGCCAGCCUGUUCCGGGCCGCGUGCACGGAGCCGGGCAUCAUCCCGCGGCAGGACCCCAAGCGGGGCUUCGCGGGCUGCGGGACGGCGCCAGCCCGCGUGGAGCAGAUCGUCAACGGCGUGAAGGUCUCUCGCUUGCACAAGUACCUGACCCAGAGUUCCCUGUCCACCUGGCUCUCGAGCUACGCGCACAAAAUGACCCGGGCGGUGAAUGGCAGGGGCAGAGAGAACCACCUGCUGCGACGGACGCGCCACCCCGCGAGGGGGGGUGACAGGGCCGGCGCGAAGGCCACGGGGCUGAUCCCGUUCGGCAAGACUGGGGGCCCGGUCAUCCCGGACAUGCAGGGCCAGAUGUUCCCGGGGCAGCGCGGCGCGGAGACCGUCGCGCGGGGGCGCGCGGGGGGCGGGGCGGCCCUCUGCGCUCUCAUUGGCGGCGCUGGCAUGGGCGACGGCAACGCGCGCGAGCUGUUCGCCCGCUCCUUUGCCCGCCGCCUCGCGGGCUGA